CUCAAAACACUUCCCAGCUGAAAUUUUCUUCGAUCUUUUUCCCUCAUCAGCCAAUCAAGAUGUUCUCAAUCACUUAGAAGAUUCUUUCCCUAACGCACAAAUGCCACUUCCUACUGAACUACUGUCAAAAGGGAGUAUUUUGUUCUGUAAAUCAUCAAACAAACUGAAAUGGGAGUUCUCAUCUUUGCAUUCUGAAAAGGAUAGCACAUGAUGGAUGCAUUCUCUGGUGCCAACUCCCAAACCAAUUUUCUCAAACCAAUACCAACCUCAUUAAUAACACACCAUUCAUCACAGCAUUCCUCUCCUGCCUGUUUAUCCCUCCUCAAGAAUCCCUGCUCGGAUAGCUGCUCAUUUGCAUCAAAACAAUCUUCAUUUCUAAGAGGGCAAUUCAAAACUGGGCACUUGCUUGGUUUCAAUUCAAAUCAAAGACAUAGAAAGCAUGCAGGGACUGUGGUUUCACCUAGUUGUGUACUGCCACUUACUGAGGAGAAUGUUGAGAAGGUAUUGGAUGAAGUAAGGCCAGGCCUAAUGGCUGAUGGAGGAAACGUAGCCUUACAUGAGAUUGAUGGUCUUGUGGUUGUAUUAAAGCUACAAGGAGCAUGCGGGUCUUGUCCUAGUUCAACAAUGACACUGAAGAUGGGGAUUGAAACUCGGCUUCGUGAUAAGAUUCCAGAAAUACUAGAAGUGGAACAGAUUGUUGAUACGGAAACUGGCCUUGAAUUGAAUGAGGAGAACGUUGAGAAGGUUCUUUCAGAGAUUAGACCCUAUCUGGCUGGCACAGGUGGUGGAGAACUGGAGCUCGUUCAGAUUAAUGACUACGUGGUGAAAGUUCGGUUAAGUGGCCCUGCAGCAGGCGUAAUGACAGUCCGAGUAGCUCUAACACAAAAGUUGAGAGAAAAGAUACCUGCAAUAGCUGCUGUUCAGUUGAUAGAAUGAAUUAUCUUGUAAAAAAGACUACUAAAAAUCAAGAAAACACAGUUUCAAGCACUUUGUUGCACUUUCCACAGUGAAUGAGUUUCCGGUGAGUUUUGGCCUUUUGGGCUGCCAUCUGAUUUUAUGCUUGUUCAACAUAAUUUUUUACUGUAUUUUUUGGUGGAAGUAACAAAUCAAAUUUAACCUCAUGGUGUG